AUUUAUUUAUUUAUUUUUUUUAUUGAAGAAGAGGGGCGAAGACCGACUUGGACACUUUCUCUCUUGUUCUUUUCUUUUUCUUAUUUAUUUAUUUUUUUAAUUUUUGAAGAAAGGGGAAUCGCGUUCCAAAGCAAAGGAAUGAAGUCUGGCUCCGGAGGAGGGUCCCCGACCUCGCUGUGGGGGCUCCUGUUCGUCUCCGCCGCGCUCUCGCUCUGGCCGACGAGUGGAGAAAUCUGCGGGCCCGGCAUCGACAUCCGCAAUGACUACCAGCAGCUGAAGCGUCUGGAGAACUGCACGGUGAUCGAGGGCUUUCUGCACAUCCUGCUCAUCUCCAAGGCCGAGGACUACCGCAGCUACCGCUUCCCCAAGCUCACGGUCAUCACCGAGUACCUGCUGCUCUUCCGUGUGGCUGGCCUGGAGAGCCUGGGCGACCUCUUCCCCAACCUCACGGUCAUCCGCGGCUGGAAGCUUUUCUACAACUACGCCCUGGUCAUCUUUGAGAUGACCAACCUCAAGGACAUCGGGUUGUACAACCUGCGCAACAUCACGCGGGGGGCCAUCCGCAUCGAGAAGAACGCCGACCUCUGCUACCUGUCCACGGUCGACUGGUCCCUCAUCCUGGACGCCGUGUCCAACAACUACAUUGUGGGCAACAAGCCCCCCAAGGAAUGUGGGGACCUGUGCCCGGGGACCAUGGAGGAGAAGCCACAGUGUGAGAAGACCACCAUCAACAAUGAGUACAACUACCGCUGCUGGACCACCAACCACUGCCAGAAAAUCUGCCCGAGCGCCUGCGGCAAACGAGCUUGCACCGCGAACAACGAGUGCUGCCACCCUGAGUGCCUGGGCAGCUGCAGUGCCCCUGACAACGCCACGGCCUGCGUGGCCUGCCGCCACUACUACUACGCGGGAGUGUGCGUGCCCGGCUGCCCGCCCAGCACCUACCGCUUUGAGGGCUGGCGCUGUGUGGACCGAGACUUCUGUGCCAACAUCCCCAGUGCCGAGGGCAGUGACUCUGAGGGCUUUGUGAUCCAUGACGGCGAGUGCAUGCAGGAGUGCCCCUCGGGGUUCAUCCGCAACAGCAGCCAGAGCAUGUACUGCAUCCCUUGUGAAGGUCCCUGCCCCAAAGUCUGUGGGGAGGAUGACAGAAAAACCAAGACCAUUGACUCGGUGACUUCUGCUCAGAUGCUCCAAGGAUGCACCGUCUACCGGGGCAACCUCCUCAUCAACAUCCGGCGAGGCAAUAACAUUGCCUCGGAACUGGAGAACUUCAUGGGGCUCAUUGAGGUGGUGACGGGCUAUGUGAAGAUCCGCCACUCCCACGCCUUGGUCUCCCUGUCCUUCCUCAAGAACCUUCGCCAGAUUUUAGGAGAAGAGCAGCUGGAGGGGAACUACUCCUUCUACGUGCUGGACAACCAGAAUCUGCAGCAGCUAUGGGACUGGGACCACCGCAACCUGACCAUCAGAGCCGGCAAGAUGUACUUCGCAUUCAACCCAAAGCUGUGUGUCUCUGAGAUUUACCGCAUGGAGGAGGUGACGGGAACCAAAGGGCGGCAGAGCAAAGGGGACAUCAACACCAGGAACAACGGGGAGCGAGCCUCUUGUGAGAGUGACGUCCUACACUUCACGUCCACCACCACCUGGAAGAACCGCAUCAUCAUCACCUGGCACCGCUACCGGCCCCCCGACUACCGAGACCUCAUCAGCUUCACUGUCUACUAUAAGGAGGCGCCCUUUAAAAACGUCACGGAGUAUGAUGGGCAGGACGCCUGCGGCUCCAAUAGCUGGAACAUGGUGGAUGUGGACCUGCCCCCCAACAAAGACGUGGAUCCUGGCAUCUUCCUGCAAGGGCUGAAGCCCUGGACACAGUAUGCCGUCUAUGUCAAGGCCGUGACCCUGACCAUGGUGGAGAAUGACCACAUCCGUGGGGCCAAGAGUGAGAUCCUGUACAUCCGCACCAAUGCUUCAGUGCCUUCCAUUCCCCUGGACGUCCUCUCGGCCUCCAACUCCUCCUCUCAGCUCAUCGUCAAGUGGAACCCACCCUCUCUGCCCAACGGCAACUUGAGCUACUACAUCGUGAGGUGGCAGCGACAGCCGCAAGACAGCUACCUCUACCAGCACAACUACUGCUCCAAAGACAAAAUCCCAAUCCGGAAGUAUGCCGACGGCACCAUUGACAUGGAGGAGGUGACAGAGAACCCCAACACUGAAGUGUGUGGUGGGGAGAAGGGGCCCUGUUGUGCAUGCCCCAAGACUGAAGCUGAGAAGCAGGCUGAGAAAGAGGAGGCCGAGUACCGCAAGGUCUUUGAGAACUUCCUGCACAACUCCAUCUUCGUGCCCAGGCCUGAGAGGAAGCGGAGAGAUGUCACACAGGUGGCCAACUCCACUGUGUCCACCCGAAGCAGAAACACCACGGUGGCUGAUGCCUACAACCUGACAGACCCCGAGGAGCCGGAGACGACAGAGUACCCAUUCUAUGAGAGCAGAGUGGAUAACAAGGAGAGGACGGUUAUCUCAAACCUCCGCCCCUUCACUCUCUACCGCAUCGACAUCCACAGCUGCAACCACGAGGCCGAGAAGCUGGGCUGCAGCGCCUCCAACUUUGUUUUUGCAAGAACCAUGCCCGCAGAAGGCGCAGAUGACAUUCCUGGGCCCGUGACCUGGGAGCAAAGACCAGAAAACUCUGUCUUUUUGAAGUGGCCAGAACCUGAGAAUCCUAAUGGAUUGAUUCUAAUGUAUGAAAUCAAAUACGGAUCCCAAAAUGAGGACCAGCGGGUAUGUGUGUCCCGGCAGGAUUAUAGGAAAUAUGGAGGCGCUAAACUCAGCCGGCUCAACCCAGGAAAUUACACAGCCCGGAUCCAAGCCACUUCCCUCUCUGGAAACGGGUCCUGGACCGACCCUGUGUCCUUCUACGUUCAAGCAGAAAAUUAUUUAAAUAACUACAUCCACCUGAUGAUCGCUCUGCCCUUGGCCGUCCUGCUGAUCGUGGGGGGCUUGAUGACAAUGCUGUACAUCUUCCACAGGAAACGGAACAACAGCAGGCUGGGGAAUGGGGUGCUCUAUGCCUCUGUGAACCCUGAAUACUUCAGCGCAGCCGAUGUAUACGUGCCUGAUGAGUGGGAGGUGGCCCGUGAGAAGAUCACCAUGAGCCGGGAGCUGGGCCAGGGCUCCUUUGGGAUGGUGUAUGAAGGAGUGGCCAAGGGUGUAGUGAAGGAUGAGCCGGAAACCAGAGUGGCCAUUAAGACGGUGAAUGAGGCCGCCAGCAUGCGGGAAAGGAUUGAAUUCCUCAAUGAGGCCUCUGUGAUGAAGGAGUUCAACUGUCACCAUGUGGUGCGCCUGCUGGGUGUGGUGUCUCAGGGCCAGCCGACACUGGUCAUCAUGGAGCUGAUGACACGGGGGGAUCUAAAAAGUUAUCUCCGAUCUCUGAGACCAGAAAUGGAGAAUAAUCCAGUCCUCGCUCCUCCCAGCCUGAGCAAGAUGAUCCAGAUGGCAGGAGAGAUAGCGGACGGCAUGGCAUACCUCAAUGCCAAUAAGUUUGUGCACAGAGACCUCGCUGCCCGGAACUGCAUGGUGGCUGAAGACUUCACAGUCAAAAUAGGAGACUUUGGGAUGACCAGAGACAUCUACGAGACAGACUAUUACCGGAAAGGAGGGAAAGGGUUGCUGCCUGUGCGCUGGAUGUCCCCCGAGUCCCUCAAGGAUGGAGUCUUCACCACUCACUCUGACGUCUGGUCCUUCGGGGUCGUACUCUGGGAGAUCGCCACACUGGCUGAGCAGCCGUACCAGGGCCUGUCCAAUGAGCAGGUCCUGCGCUUCGUCAUGGAGGGUGGCCUUCUGGACAAGCCGGACAACUGCCCUGACAUGCUGUUUGAGCUCAUGCGCAUGUGCUGGCAGUACAACCCCAAGAUGCGGCCUUCUUUCCUGGAGAUCAUCAGUAGCAUCAAAGACGAGAUGGAGCCCGGCUUCCGGGAGGUCUCCUUCUACUACAGUGAGGAGAACAAGCCACCUGAGCCCGAGGAGCUGGACCUCGAGCCCGAGAACAUGGAGAGUGUCCCCCUGGACCCCUCGGCAUCCUCGUCCUCACUGCCGCUACCCGACAGACACUCAGGACACAAGGCCGAGAACGGGCCAGGCGUGCUGGUGCUGCGGGCCAGCUUUGACGAGAGACAGCCUUAUGCGCACAUGAACGGGGGGCGCAAGAACGAGCGGGCCCUGCCUCUGCCCCAGUCCUCGACCUGCUGAUCCUCGGAGCCCAGCCCGGGCCAACAGUAACGGGGCACGCUCGGCGGGUGGGGGGGAGAGUGCUAACGAUCUAUCCACAGCCUCCUGUACCUCAGUGGAUCUUCAGAACUGCCAUGGCUGCCCACAGGAGACGGCUUCUCUGCAGUAAACACGUUUGGGAUGUUCCUUUUUUCAAUAUGCAAGCAGCUUUUUAUUUCCUGACCCAAACCCUUAACUGACAUGGGCCUUUAAGAACCUUAAUGACAACACUUAAUAGCAACAGAACAUUUGAGAAUCAAGUCAUCUCCAUCUCUUCUCUCUUCUUUCUCCAUCUCCCCUUUCUCAAUCUCUCUCUGCCUCAUAAUAGAAUAAUGUACCAGCUCAGCCGGGACACCUUUUGAGUCAGACUGAGGAAGUGGCUGUCCUUUCCCAUGUGGCCCCACAUUGCCCUUGAACCUAACCUGCCUGUCAUUAGAGGUCUUUAUAUAUAAAACAAAGAACACACACACAAUGGGAAGGAACUUUUUACUGUGUCUCUAAUCUUUGUAGGGACCAGCAUCAUUUUAAAAGGGCCAUCAUGCAUCUGUAAUUCUGCCAGCCAGCCACACACACACCCCCAGUCUCCUCUUCAUGCCCCUCUAGUUGCUUCUGAUGAGGUCAUUACAGAGGCUGGGGGGGAGGGGGUUUAAGGAGGUCUGGACAGAACUGGGGCUUUGUCAAAUGAAAUGGGGGGGCAGCUGAGCUGGCUUCCCUGCCCACUUUCAUCUGCCAGUCCCUCUGCCCCCAGGUCCCAGCAGAGCCUGGCUGAAUGCUUUCUGGCCUCAAGGACACAGAUGGGAAGGGGUUUCAGGGCUGCAAGGAAGGAAAGUCAUCCACCUCCACCACCACAGUAAGAAGACAAGCAGUCAAUGGAUUCAAGCAGCCUGAGCUUUGCUGACAUUCUCUCUGUUACUAGGACUUCCUCAUGGGCCUUACAGUUGUAUGUUAAGACCAUGAGGCAUUUGCAUACACAUCGUCUAUAAUGUCACUUUUAUAACUUUUUUACGGUUCAGAUAUUCAUCUAUCUAUACGUCUGUACAGAAAAAAAAAGCUGCUAUUUUUUUUUUUGUUCUUUAUCUUUGUGGAUUUAAUCUAUGAAAACCUUCAGGUCUCCCCUCCCUUUUCUGCUCACUCCGAGAGACUUCUUAUGCUUUGUACUAGAGCGCGCGACUUUCCUGCUCUUUUCCCCGUAAUUGAUACUAUUCUCUAAACAUAAUUUGCCAUGAACUGUUGGAUGCCUUUUGAUAAAUACACCUCCCCAUUCCCCCUGCUCUAUCAGUUCUGUUGGAACCCAUGGGUCGACGAGGGGGGAGACGGUUUGACCUCUACCCCCUCCUCUUCCAGGGCCACCCUGUGGGCCUCAUGGCCCACUUCUCCUCAGUCCACUCUCACAGUGGUUGAGUCUGUUAGCAGUGCAAGACAUGAUACAAACUCAGGUCACAAAAGAAAAAAAAAGUUCAAUCUUUCACACAGCCCUGCCCAGCAUUCAUAACCACCUUUGUCUAGGAAGCUUCACCCUCUCUCCCCACAACACCCCUCCACCGCCUUCUAUUUUUUUGGUUGUGGCACACAUAUAUCUAUUUUUUUAAUUCUUGGGUACAACAGCAGUUUGAACUGCAGACACUAGGCAUUUGGAUCGCUACUUUUUUAAUGGCUAUUUAGUCCUUCCAUCCCAUGCAAAGCAGCUGCUGAGUUUGCGAGGGCCAUCCUCAUAACACCCUUCCUACCUGUUGGAAACAGGUCCCUAGCACCCUCCUUGACAAUGAUGGGGAGUGGGGUGUCAGAGCUGCCUCCUGGGGGUGUUAGUAAGUGUACCUCCAGGUCAGCCAGCCAAGGCCACUGGGCUGAUGUGGCUGCCCCCUUGGGGACCAGAGCCCUGGUCCUAGCUUGCUCUCCCUGGGCGAGGAAUUCAUUUCCUGAGGGCCUGGGAGUCUAGUUUUGUUUAUUUCUUAGCACUUCUCACCAGAGUGAUGACAGCACAAGAGUUCUUGGAUGAACUGUUAAAAUUGUGAGUUAGAGCAAAGCUAGAGUAUGGUGACUAUUAGUUGGGACUGGGGAGGAAACACACAAAUAAGGUUUGUAGUGCUUUUUUAUAUAUAUUUUGGAUUUUCUGUAGUUUCAAUCCCAUGAUUUUUUUCUAGUCUCUGUCCCAUCGUUUGUUUUUCCUCUUUAGAGAAAAAAAUUGAGAAAAAGAAAAAAAAAGGUACUUAGUUUUUCUUCUAACUUAUUUUGUGGUAGCAGUUUCAGUCACUGUAGAGAGGCCCUCUUAUGAAUUUCAAUACUGAGAAAAGAGCUUGUGUGUUGUGUAUGUAGGACGGGACAGUUUUUAGUUUUCUUUGGUGUUUUUUUUUAAAACAUUUAUCUACCUCACUCUUUAUUUUUUUAUAUGUGUAUAUAUAUAUAAAAAAAAAAGACUACAUCUCACAUUUCUCAGCACCUGACAAUAUGCCGUUGAUACUGGUAACCUCAUCCACACCACAGGCUACACAUGCACCGGGUAACACACGAGGCCAGGCGGUGUCCCGGGGUCCAAACUCUCCUCACCCUCCUGUCUGACAGCUUGCCUUUCUCUGAAAUAUCUCCUGUACAACUCUUGUUCUCCUCCUGGCUUGGUUUUGAGAGCUGGCAGAGUCCUCCUCCCAGCCCCAUGACCCCCCUGCAAAAAAAAAAAUUGCCGUAGGAGUCGGAGACUAGGUUUCGCAGUGGGGAGGCACCUAGCUGCCCUCAAAACAGACUGCUUGGCCAUCAGAUCCCAUCAGGGAAGGAGCAGUUGUUCCCAGAUUUGGAGAACAGAUGUGAAUGCCAGGGUGCAGCAGGCAGUCUCUCCUAUAGAAUCCUGCAUGUUUGGGUCACUCCAUUCUGUUGUGACUCUUGCACCCUGGCUAGCCCUGUGUCAGCUGACGCCUCUGGGCCUUCUGCUCCCAAAGCCAGGUCCUACGGAGGAUGUACAGAGAAAGGCCUCCUCCUCCCUCUCCAGACCUCUCUCCAUCUCAGCCUCACCUCUUCCUCCCCAGGGGAAAAUAAGGACAUACCAAACCUUCAGGCUGGAAAGGGCCCGUGGUGGGCACGUAGUUUCUUGCCGGGGGUUUGGUACCCGGUUGGAACUGUGCCUCCAUCUGUCGUCCUGCUGCUCGCUGGUGGACGGCACCUCUCCUCUUCCGGCAGCUGCUCUCACAGGCACUGGUGGUUCUACCUGGGAAACGUGGUGGGUGGUUUUCCCAAGUGUGGAGGGCUCCUUACCAGUUCUGGUCCUGCAGUUACUCUCAGGAGCAUCUUUCCUCCUCCAAAAACACGACCCUCCUGUCCCCAGUCCCCUGGGCUCUUGCCCAUCAUCAUCAAGACUAUUGUCUGAUCAGGGUUUUCUUCUUCCACACUGUAGGUGACCCCUGGGAAUAGUGGCCUCUCUUCUCUUUUGCACAUACCUACCGGUUUCCACAACUGGAUUUCUACAGAUCUCUCAGUAGAGUUUUGUUAAAAACUGUCCAAGUUGUUGGUGUUGUUUUGUUGUUUUUGAUGUAGGUGGUUUUGCUUUAAGUAAAAGGAAAACACUAGUAGCGUAGUGCCCAUUCAUAACAAAUGCUUCAGAAAUACUCAAAUGAAACACAGACUUUUGUUCAUGUUGAUGGUGCAGUCAUUUUACUGGACCAAACCACCCAUAUCUUGACUAUAUGCCAAGGCAUCAUCUAUCCACAGUUCUAGCCUACUUUCAUGCUGACUUCCCAGCCUCUUCUUGAUUUUCCUCUUUCAUAUGCUCCACAUAAUUUAACCAAGCUGAGUUGUGGCAUUUCCCAUGCAACCUCCUGAGAGCAGCUCACACUGCUUGGCGCACCUGAACCACUGAGGCACAUAGUUGAACUGAUGUGAGCAUUAGAACAUUAUCACACACAGCCCUUCCCCCGAGGCAGCAGGAGCUGGCAUAUUCUGGAAACAUUGUGGCACUUCAGCUGUGUAAGGGAGACCUGUGUCUACAGCCCCGCUCCCAGAGUCUCCCCCACAGGGUGUUGUGGGGCUUGAUGCACAGCUGGAGCAAGCUUCCUCCUUGGAAGAUAGAAGACAAUGUCCAUGGCCAACGUUGGCCUCACCUUUCACUCUGUUAACAUUUCAAUGGUAGGACAAGCGGCUUAGGAAACUAGAAAAGUGGUUGUUGUGGAACUACCCAAUGACUAACUGCUUGGUGUGAAAUGGUGUUUUGGUUGGGAUAACAUACUGAUGGUCCAGGUAGGAUGCCAAAUUCCAAGCCAGUUUGUUCCACCAAAGCUUCUUUCUCAGUAGCCCACCUGUGUGGGCCAGUGACCGUACUUGACAAAGACAUGGUCACACUAAGUUCAGACCAGUGAGAAGGCUAGGAUGCUCGGUCCAAGGCCCCUCGCUGUCACUGCUGGAUCCUCCCAGGGCAGCCAGAUAGUAUUGCAGCCAACUCCUUUCUAAAACCUAGGCGCCCAGUUGACAGUACUGCUCUGUAGCAUGCCUUGGCCCAUUCCAGCAGUCCGAGUGAUGCAUCCAAGGUUUGGGGUUUGUUCCUUUGUUAAUGUUAUUUCUAUGUUUGUUGGAGUUUUCAUUACCUGAGCUAAACUGAAAGUUCUGGACCAGAGACCCACUCCUUAAGAACCAGUGAUCAAAGUCAAACUGACUUCACUCAGAAGUAGAUGAUGGUACAACCGAGAGCCUCAAGAGAGGAUGCUUUAGGUUGAACCUCUCUGUUACCAGAGAUGCUGAAGAUACAGACCUGGGACAGGCCAGGGGGUUUCCAGUCUUGGCCUCCAGCUAGAUGACUAACUGGUUAUUCCAAGAAAAAGUACAUGAGCACAUCUUGAUGGGGGAGCAGUCAGGCAAAAGGAAACCACUGUAAAUGGGAAUCUGAUGUGACAUGAAGAGAAUGUGAGCAGGACAGUCCAGGGCUUUGAAGAAGUGUGGGCCACAUUUUGAAUUUGAUGGUUUCUGAAAGGAUAGACCACACCGAGGAACAACCAUCAUCUACAGGCAUUUAAAUAAUAAACCCAACAUCCUCCUUUGGAAACUUAUCCUAGAGUUAAGUAGGACUGUUCAAGAACAUGACCGGCACUGUACCUGUCAGUGGUCAGUCCUGGGGCAUGACUUUAGGUUUUUGUUUUGUUUAUGCAAGAACAUAAAGAUCACUCAUCUGUAUGUCCACGUUUGUGUGUGUCCACAUCUUCCUGGUAAACAUUGUUUUAGUCACCCAUUAGCGUUUUCAAUAGGGCUCUUAAGUCCAGUAGAUUACGGGUAGUCAGUUGACGAAGAUCUGGUUUACAAGAACUAAUUAAAUGUUUCAUUGCAUUUUUGUAAGAACAUAGAAUAAUUUUAUAAAAUGUUUGUAGUUUAUAAUUGCCGGAAAUAAUUUAAAGACUUUUUUUCUCUGUGUGCAAAUGUGUGUUUGUGAUUUUUUUAGGACACCUGUUAACUAGCUAGCUUUACAAUAUGCCAAAAAAAAGAAAAGAAAAAAAAGAUUUCCCCCAACUCCACUCCAUGCUUUGUGCCCUAGUUUAUAUUAAAGGAAUGAUGACGAUUUAAAUAGUUCUGUAUCUUCAGUAUCUUGGUCUUCCAGAACCCUCUGGUUGGGAAGGGGAUCAUCUUUUAUCAGUCAUUUCCCUUUGGAGUGUAGCUACUUUUAACAGACUAAAGGAACCUCACUGGCUAAGGAAACAGCAGAGGUGUUGCCAGCCCCUCAGUGCAUGUGGCCCUAUUCAGCAUGUGGUUUGCUUGGUUUGAUUGUUGCCAUUGUUAAACAAUACCCAGAGAUAGGAAGCCUUGGCUGAACAGCCAAUGAUUUCCACAAUGACCACAGCACACAGACUUAUUACAGAGUUAUAGAAAAUACUGACGUGCACAGACUGUUGGCUUCCAAGCCUCACCUUGUGAUUAAUGCUUUAGUAUAAAAAGGAAGAAACCCAAUUUGCUUUUCCUUAAGGCAGAACGCUGAAGAUCCCCUUUCCCAAUCCCAGUUUGUUUGUUUUUAAAUAAAAACUACAUUCACCAAAAUUUGUCCCACUUUCACUCCAUGCCUGUAGCUCCUGAGGUAUUGUUGGCUAUGUCUACACAACACUGCAACAAUCCUCGUCCUUGAAAAUCUCUGGAUGUUUUGCACCAAGCAGGAGAAAGGUCCAGAAACAAUUUGGGUUUUAUUUUCAACUAUUCAUUCAGAUAGGUGUUUGCCACUGUGUAGGCACAGGCAUAGGUUGGAUAGAUGACUGGCGGAAACACCCAUCUGCCUUCAAAGCCAGUGAGGUUGAGGUGAGAGGUUUGCCAGAGUUUGUCUACCUCUGGGAUAUAAAAAUAAAGUCAAACCAGAAGGCAAGAUGGAAUGAAUGCAUCACAAACAAUGCAUUUUCUGAAUUUUCUUGUUUAAAAAUGUUUUGUAAAAAAAAAAAGUUUUUUUAAAAAAAAAACAACAAAAAAUGUAGUUAAUAUGGCCAAUUUGUUACAUAAAAUGACUUUCCAUGUAUAAAUUAUUCCUAAAAAAAUUCCUCUGUUUAUAUAAAAAAAUCAGUAGAUAAAAAAUUUCCAAAUGUUUUUGUAUAUUCUGUUGUAAGAAUUUAUUCCUGUUAUUGCGAUAUAUUCUGGAUUCUUUACAUUAUGGGGAAAAAAGAAACUUUGUCUAUUUUGAAUGGCUGAAGCUAAGGCGACUUUAGUUUCUCUUACUCUGCUUUUUUCUAGUAGUUAAAGUACUACAUGGUUUAAGUUAAAUAAAAGAAUUGUAUGCA